ACAGAAAAAAGACUUUGAGAUAAUGGACAAUUUUUGGUCUAGCGUUUGACUUAUCAGCUGAGUUUGAAGGUUACGUCUGAAGAUAACGCUCAUUAAUCAUGUCAGAUCUAAUAUCAGCUAAACAGAUUUUAAAAGCUCAAAGUGAAGUAUUUCAAUCCUCGUUGGGAAUUUUAAAGACUCCAUGUAUUCUUUUGGCUCAUCACAAGGAUCAACGGCAUAACAUAUUGUCAAUUCCGAAUCGCCUUCAAACCCACUUGAGGGUGCCAGAGAAAAUCGAUUUGUUUGGGAAGUUGGAAAAUGUUCAAAAUACCGGUUCCUUUAAGAUUCGUGGUGUGGCCAAUCAGCUACGAGGACUGAACAAAGGAGACGACAACCACUUGGUAACAAUGUCGGCAGGAAAUUAUGGUCGGACUUUUGCUACGGCAUGUAAGGCUUAUGGAUUCAAUGGGACAGUAAUCAUGCCUGAAUCUGCCCCAGACAAUCGGGCAGAACUGAUGACUAGUUUAGGAAUAACAGUGGAACGAUUGCCCACAUCACAGCUCAUGAGGGGCGUGUCUGAGCAUGAAGGUAAGGGGUCCAAAUUCCUCCAUCCUUUUGACGAUUUGGAUUUGAUUGCCGGGUAUGGAUCAUUGGGGUUGGAGAUUCUAGAGGAUGUACCGGACGCAGACAUUGUGUUGGUUUGUUGUGGAGGCGGUGGACUUCUGGCAGGGGUGGCCACAUCCAUUAAACUCUUUUCCAAGAACACAGAUGUCAAAGUUUAUGGAGUGGAACCCGAAAUUGCCAACGGCAUGUUUCUGUCAAUUAAGAGAAACUCGCCAGCUCAAAUUCCAAGUGCGAAAAGCAUCGCCUCAGGAUUAGCGCCUCCUUUUGCGGGGUCCAAUGCGUUUGCUCAUGUCAAGAAAUACUGUGAUGGGGUUCUCUUGGUGAGUGACCUCGAGAUCAAGCAAACUGUGUGCACUCUCUUUGAGAGCAAAUUAGUGGUGGAACCCUCUGGAUCCGCUGCUUUGGCGGCGGUUCUUUGUGGGAAAUUACAAAAGUUGGAGCCCGAUUUGGCAGGGAAAAAAGUGGUUGCUAUAUUUACG